AUGCACCAAAACCAACACAACAACCAACAGUUCAAAACCCUGCACAACAACAACCACAACCAACAGUUCAAAACCCUGCACCAAAACCAGCACCACAACCAACAGUUCAAAACCCUGCACCAAAACCAACACAACAACCAACAGUUCAAAACCCUGCACCAAAACCAACAAUUCAAAACACUGCACCACAACAACAACCAGCACAACAACCACCUCCACAACCAGCACCACAACCAACAGUUCAAAACACUGCACAGCAACAACCACAAACAGAACAAGGAAACCAAGAUUUCUUAA